GAACCGGAAGCUUCUUGUGGAGGCGAGUCCGCUGAGUGAAACCUAGCAGAGCCGGCUGCGGCGGUUCCUCACCCCUCCUGUGUGAGCGGCCGUUUGCUGGACCCUUCCCCCGGUCCCGGCAGCCGCUUCUGCUCCGGCCCCUUCCUAUGUUCAGGGAAAGCGGGUUGGUAGCAGCCCCGUCUCGUUCUAGCGCCAGGAGCUGCCGCCUCCGCCCGGCCCGAGAGCCGCCGCCCCGUCAUGUCUGAGCUGAGCCAGGAGCUCGUCCACCUGGUGUGGGGCAAGAAAGCCGGGCCCGGCGGGCUCGCUGAUACCAUCUUCUGCCGCUGGGCGCAAGGGUUUGUAUAUAGUGAAUCUGAAUCCACUGCAUUAGAACAAUUUGAAGGUGGCCCUUGUGCGGUGAUUGCACCCGUUCAGGCAUUCCUUUUGAAGAAGCUCUUCACCUGUGAGAAGUCUGCUUGGAGAGAGUGUCAAGAGGAAGAACAGAAGAACCUCCUUUGUCAUACGUUAUGUGACAUUUUAGAGAUGGCUUGCUCUGAUAAUUCUGAAUCCUACUCUUUGGCAACAUGGAUAAGAGGAAAAACAACUGAAGAGACUGCUAGUAUUUCUGAGAGUCCGGUCGAGUCAAGUCAUCAAGAGGAACAACCCUCUGCCUUGGCUGCCGAAGAGCUUGGCUUUGAGCGAUUUCAUGCAUUAAUUCACAAGCAAUCAUUCCAAAGCUUUCCAGAACUAAAGGAUGCACUAUGGGAUCAGUAUUCAGUGUGGACAAAUAAAUUUGGAGUAUUGCUCUUUCUGUAUUCUGUGAUAUUGACAAAGGGUAUCGAAAACAUAAAAAAUGAAAUUGAAGAUUCCACAGAGCCAUUGAUAGAUCCUGUUUAUGGCCAUGGCAGCCAAAGCUUAAUUAACCUCUUGUUGACGGGGCAUGCAGUUUCUAAUGUGUGGGACGGAGACAGAGAAUGCUCAGGAAUGAAAUUACUUGGUAUACGUAAGCAGGCAACUGUAGGUUUUUUGACAUUAAUGGAAUCUCUAAGAUACUGUAAGGUUGGCUCCUACUUGAAAUCUCCAAAGUUCCCUAUUUGGAUACUUGGCAGUGAAACACAUCUCACGGUCUUUUUUGCCAAGGAUUUGGCCCUUGUUGCUCCUGAAGCUCCUUCGGAACAAGCCAGAAGAGUUUUUCAAACCUAUGACCCAGAAGAUAAUGGAUUUAUACCUGAUACCCUUCUAGAAGAUGUAAUGAAGGCGUUGGACCUUGUAUCAGAUCCUGAAUAUGUAAAUCUCAUGAAGACCAAAUUAGACCCAGAAGGACUAGGAAUCAUAUUACUGGGUCCCUUUCUGCAAGAAUUCUUCCCUGAGCAGGACUCCAGGGUUCCAGAGUCAUUCACUGUAUAUCACUACAAUGGAUUGAAGCAGUCCAAUUAUAAUGAAAAGGUCAUGUAUGUAGAAGGCACAGCAGUUAUUAUGGGCUUUGAAGAUCCAAUGCUACAGACUGAUGAUACUCCAGUAAAGCGCUGUUUGCAAACCAAAUGGCCAUAUAUAGAAUUACUCUGGACCACGGAUCGAUCUCCUUCAUUAAAUUGAUGUGUUUAGAAGAAAUACUAUAUUACUGUCUAAUGCUUUACUGGGGGAUUAAGAAUUGGCAUUUGCUGAAAGCAGUAUACUUAACUGUAUGAAACUGUACACUGCUAUCAUUGAUAAAUUGUAAAUAAUGAUUACAAACACUUUUCAGUGUUAAUUGAAAUAUUUACUUUUUUUAAUCAGAUUGAUUUCUCUUUACAAUAGUUUGUCAUUUUUUUGGCCAUUGUGGUAGUAUUGUGAGUUCUGUUCUUUUAAAAAAGGCCUACUUAUACCAUCUGAAUUUGCCAUCUCAAAGAUUUGAAAAAUGUCUAAAACUGCAGUAUCUGCAAGUUAGGUAUCAAAUUAAUCUUUCAACAGUAAAGUCAUUCUCUGUUUGCUUCCUCUUGAAUCUUUUGGGCACGUUUUAUUAUUUAAAUUAUACUGGCUUAUGUUACAGUAUCAAUUUGUGGUCUGGACUGGCCUUGCACUGAAUGUUUAAAUGAGCUUAAACUCUCUGCAGUUUUUUUUUAAAUUUGGCUCUAACUAAACAACUUUUACAAAAAUGGUAAAAUUGGGAAUAAUUUCUAGGCUCCUACUAAAUAUAAAUCAUAAAAGCCGUUUCUAGGCAGUUGUAUAUUGCUAUGGCUUAGCUAUCUGGCAUGUUAAAAGUGAAGACAGUAUGAGGAAAAAUAAGUGUGUUAAUAUUUAUUCAAAGUUGUAUAAAGGAAAUGUAAAAAAUCAACAGCAGGAAGAAUUUGUUCUAUAAUCUUUAAAUUGUUCAGAUAUAUAGUAUUGCCAAAUACCUCUUCUCAGUUUGUCCAAACAAUGUAAGCCAGCUUUAUUGUAUGUGUUAAGUGCAUGAGAACAUCUGUUAUUACAUGAGUAUAUGCCUUUAUUUAUUAUCUAGUUGUUAGCCCUAAAUAAAAACUUUUCCCUGAACUAUGA